AUGGACUCCUCAUCACCGAAUACCAGUGCAGGCGUCACUAAGCAACAACAUGAGGAGAGCCCAGCCGCCCCCGCAGCGAUCUCUCCCGACCAACCGACCCGAGCUCCUACAACCAGCGCAAGCUCGCCUGGGGUUGAGAAACCCACGGCGACAGCGACGGAGGCACCAAAAGAAGCCGUUUCCUCAAAAGCAAUCGCGGAAGAUGCCGACGAGGACGAAGAUUCGGAGUUUGACGAUUUAGACGACGUCCUGGAUAACUUCUCCAAACCCACACCCCAGCCAAGCACAAGCGCACCCCCACCUGCAACCGCACCAGCCUCCGCGACUGAAGACUUCGACGAAGACGCCUUCAUGCGCCAGCUCGAACAGGACAUGGCGAAGAUGAUGAACCACGCCGCGCAGGAGUCUGGAGCGCCAGAUCACAAGGAGUUCGAGAAUGCGAUCAACCAGGGGGCCGACGCGUUCACGAAGCAGCUUGAGGAGAGCGGGAUUCCGCCUGGUGACUUUUUGAAGCAGCUGCUGGCGGAUGUCAUGGCGGAAGAAGGAGAGAGCGCUGGCGCUGCUGCCGGUGCAGGCGCACGCGUGGGCCCGAGUGCCGGUGGAUCGUCCGGGUCUGCGACUGGUGCUGAGAAAGCGACUGCGCCAGAGUCCUUCAAUGAUGCCAUUCAGCGGACGAUUAAUCGGAUGAAGGAGUCUGGUGAUAAGGCUACGGCGGCGGCAACGGAGGACGGGGGGAUCUCGGAGGACAUGCUGAUGCAGCUGCUCAAGGGGUUGGAGGCGGGGGUCGGGAACGGGGGCGAUGAUCUCGAUCUCACGCAGAUGAUUGCCGGUGUGAUGGAGCAGUUUUCCAAUAAAGAGAUGCUGUAUGAGCCGAUGAAGGAGUUGGAUGCGAAGUGGGGCCCCUGGUUGAAAGAGAAUAAGGGCAAGGUUCCUGCGGAGGAUAUGAAGAGGUACGAAAAGCAGGCUAAGCUCGUGACUGAGAUUGUGGCCAAGUUCGAGGAGGAAGAGUAUACAGAUGAAGAUCCGAAGUAUCGGCAGGCUGUGUGGGAGAAAAUGCAAGAGAUGCAAGCGCUGGGUAGUCCCCCGGAAGAACUUGUCGCGAAUCCCUGGCCGGAGGAUAUGGCAGGCGACGGGUCUGGGGCAUCUUUACCUGACUGUCCCCAGCAGUAA